UCCAAACUGAAUGUCAGAAUGGGAAAGAAAGCUCGGGGUUCUCCGUAAGACAAGAACCUGCGAAACGAGUGAGAGUGUGUACAUCAUGGAUGUUCUUAUGCCCAUGCGAGGGGACGAUCCACACCUAAUGGCUGAGCCGGCGAUCCAGAUCUUCGAGCAGCCCAAGCAGAGGGGAAUGCGCUUCAGGUACAAGUGUGAGGGUCGCUCAGCCGGAAGCAUCCCCGGCGAGAAGAGCUCUGACAACAACAGGACCUACCCCAGUCUGCAGAUCCUGAAUUACUGCGGUAAAGGAAAAGUGCGUGUCUUCUUGGUGACAAAGAACGAGCCGUACCGACCGCAUCCGCACGACCUGGUGGGGAAGGACUGCAAAGACGGAUUCUACGAGGCCGAGUUUGGUCCAGACCGCAGAGUGAUCGCUUUCCAGAAUCUGGGUAUCCAGUGUGUGAGAAGGAGGGAAGUAAAAGAUGCGAUUGUACAGAGGAUGACCAGAGGGAUCAACCCCUUCAAUGUGCCCCGCGAGCAGCUGCUGCAGACAGAGGAGUACGACUUGAACGUGGUUCGCCUGUGUAUCCAGGUUUACCUGCAGGACGAUAACGGCCACUGCACCCGACCGCUCAACCCCAUCGUCACCAACCCCAUCUACGACAACAGGGCCCCAAACACAGCAGAGCUGAGGAUCUGUCGAGUCAACAGGAACAGUGGCAGUGUCAAGGGAGGGGAUGAGAUCUUCUUACUGUGUGACAAAGUACAGAAAGAUGACAUUGAGGUGCGAUUCUUCUCCUCCGAUGGCUGGGAGGCCAAAGGCUCCUUCUCCCAGGCCGAUGUUCACCGCCAAGUAGCCAUCGUCUUUAAGACGCCGUCCUACUAUAACACCUCCAUAACAGAGUCGGUCACCGUGCAAAUGCAGUUACGCCGACCUUCCGAUCAGGAAGUCAGUGAACCAAUGGAUUUUAGAUAUCUGCCCGACGACAAAGAUCCUUACGGCUACAAUGCGAAAAAGCGCAGUCGAGAGCACUUGAUGAGGAUAUCAGGUUUGUCAGGUGGUCAUUUUGCUGGUCUGUCUAUGAACAGGCCAAAGGCGGUGCCACAGACUACCAUGAGUCACACGCGGAAAGACCUCAACAACAUUUACCUGAGGCAACAGCCCACACCUUCGAUGCAGCAACAACCCUCUGUAUUCAAUCAGCCCUACCAACAAGGCACUCAGAAUUUAAUGAUGACAUCACAGGCUCCUAAUGUGCCAGUCAGCCAUUCAUGGGUAAAUCCCAACCCAGCACUCUCAAUGGAUACAGUCACCAUAAACCAGUCUGGUGCCAUGAGCAAUCUUCCACUUCCUAAUAGCAGCAGGCAACAGCAGCCCAACCGUGGUCCUGGUUACCCCCACAGAAUGGAGCACAGCAACUUUGAGAAUAACACCCUCCCUCAGCUCUCCAUGAGGGACUUGCAGUGCUUGGAUACAGUCCCCCAGGCCCCUGUAAUGGGCCAGUUGGAGACCCAGUCGGUCUUCCACAUGCAGCACCAAAGGGAGGAGCUUGCGUCGGAGUCCAGGGCCCAGAACCAUCUAGGCAACCAGAACCAGGGACUCCAGACCGUGUGGUCCAAUUUCAAUAACCUCAAUCCAGUCCAGAACACCUUUAAUGGGUCAGUACCUGGAGGUGGAGGUGGGUCGCAAACUUUCUCCUUCCUAGGGGGACUAGAAGGGGACGAUUUUCUGAAGGGCCUGGUGGGAGGAGGGCCUCAGACUGGCUUCCAGCUGAAGCAGGAGCCCCAGAUCGGACAAGAAACCCAUGCGCCUCUCAUGCAAUCCCCAAGGGAAAGCCAAGAAAAUACUUACACCAACUUGCUUCCUCGUUCUAUGAACAAUAGCACCAACAUGGAUCCAAUGAGGCUUGACGGUAGUGGAAACACCCAGUCUCUUAAAAAUCUGCAAAAUCCGUACUCAAGCAAUGGCAUGGCCUCUGAAGGCCACUAUCCAACUUUGGCUGACUGGAUCAAAGCAUCUCGCCAAAGCGAAUAAAAGUAGUGACAUUGUUGAUAUAAAUAAAUAAACAGAAGCAGCUCAGAGGAAUACAUUGGUCUGUUAAAGCCAGUAAUUCUCAGUAGGCAUUUGCUUGGGUUAUUACAUCAGUGGGCAAACGGCAACGAAAUUAUUGGUGGCCUAUUGGAAUCUAUAACCAGACAAAGGCAUUGUUUCUAGGCGAUACAAUUGAUCACAGACUAGUUCCUUCUUUAGCAAAGAAAUCCCCAAUAAUGCUUCUUAUACCUGAUUGGCCUACUGUUGUGCUCGGUAAGCUGUCUUUGGUCUUUACUUCCCAUUAUUAAUCUGGAAAGACAUUGUUCUCCUAAAAAUGAUCAAUCAAAUUUGCUUUCU